GGUGGACUCUGCAACCAUUCAGGGAGGAGGGGGCUGGGGCUCCGUGGGAUUUGGGGUAGCACAAAGAUCUGAGAGGGAACCUAUGGCCCAGAUGAAGUCUUAGGAUGCCCAGGUCAGGGGCACUGCAGCCUCGAGUGGUCGCUCAGGGGGCCCUGGCCCGACCCAGUUUCAAGCGGCUCAGGUAGAGAAGGGCACUAUCAAGGCUUCCGGGCUACGGGGGCGUGGUCUGGUGUGGGGGCGUGGCCUCCGCUGGGCAGGGCGACGCGGAACCGAGGCGGCGGCGGCGGCUGCGGCGGCAGGAAAUCGGGGCUCGGCCCCGCCGGCGCGCGACCCCAUCCCCAUCCCGGUCCCUGCAGAGCGAUCCCCGGGCCCAGACAUGGACGCAGCAGAGCCGGGACUCCCCCCAGGUCCUGAGGGCAGGAAGAGGUACAGUGACAUCUUCCGGAGCCUGGACAACCUCGAAAUCUCACUGGGGAACGUGACCCUUGAGAUGCUGGCUGGAGACCCUCUACUCUCAGAAGACCCAGAACCUGACAAGACCCCUACAGCCACUGUUACCAACGAAGCCAGCUGUUGGAGCGGCCCCUCCCCAGAGGGUCCUGUACCCCUCACAGGGGAGGAACUGGACUUGCGGCUCAUUCGGACAAAGGGGGGUGUGGACGCAGCCCUGGAAUAUGCCAAGACCUGGAGCCGCUAUGCCAAGGAACUGCUUGCCUGGACUGAAAAGAGAGCCAGCUAUGAGCUGGAGUUUGCUAAGAGCACCAUGAAGAUCGCUGAAGCUGGCAAGGUGUCCAUUCAACAGCAGAGCCACAUGCCUCUGCAGUACGUCUACACCCUGUUUCUGGAGCACGAUCUCAGCCUGGGAACCCUGGCCAUGGAGACAGUGGCCCAGCAGAAAAGAGACUACUACCAGCCCCUCGCCGCCAAACGGACUGAGAUUGAGAAGUGGCGGAAGGAGUUCAAGGAGCAGUGGAUGAAGGAGCAGAAGCGGAUGAAUGAGGCGGUGCAGGCACUGCGGCGCGCCCAGCUGCAGUAUGUGCAACGCAGCGAGGACCUGCGGGCACGCUCCCAGGGGUCCCCUGAGGACUCGGCCCCCCAGGCCUCGCCGGGACCUAGCAAGCAGCAGGAGCGGCGGCGGCGCUCGCGAGAGGAGGCCCAGGCCAAGGCGCAGGAGGCCGAGGCGCUGUACCAGGCCUGUGUCCGCGAGGCCAACGCGCGGCAGCAGGACCUGGAGAUCGCCAAGCAGCGAAUCGUGUCGCACGUGCGCAAGCUGGUGUUUCAGGGGGAUGAAGUGCUGAGGCGGGUGACGCUGAGUCUCUUCGGGCUGCGGGGGGCGCAGGCGGAGCGUGGCCCCCGCGCCUUCGCCGCCCUGGCCGAGUGCUGUGCGCCCUUUGAGCCAGGCCAGCGCUACCAGGAGUUCGUACGGGCGCUGCGGCCCGAGGCCCCGCCGCCCCCGCCGCCCGCCUUCUCCUUCCAGGAGUUCCUUCCCUCCUCGAACAGCUCCCCUCUGGACAUCAGAAAGAAGCUCUCUGGGCCUCUUCCUCCAAGGCUGGAUGAGAAUUCAGCUGAGCCAGGCCCUUGGGAGGAUCCGGGCACAGGCUGGCGCUGGCAAGGGACUCCAGGCCCCACUCCGGGCAGCGAUGUGGACAGCGUGGGUGGCGGCAGCGAGUCUCGGUCCCUGGACUCUCCCACUUCCAGCCCAGGCGCUGGCACGAGGCAGCUGGUGAAGGCUUCAUCCACAGGCACUGAGUCCUCAGAUGACUUUGAGGAGCGAGACCCUGACCUGGGAGACGGGCUGGAGAAUGGGCUGGGCAGCCCCUUCGGGAAGUGGACACUGUCCAGCGCGGCUCAGACCCACCAGCUGCGGCGACUGCGGGGCCCAGCCAAGUGCCGCGAGUGCGAAGCCUUCAUGGUCAGCGGGACGGAGUGUGAGGAGUGCUUUCUGACCUGCCACAAGCGCUGCCUGGAGACUCUCCUGAUCCUCUGUGGACACAGGCGGCUCCCAGCCCGGACACCCCUUUUUGGGGUUGACUUCCUGCAGCUACCCAGGGACUUCCCGGAGGAGGUACCCUUUGUGGUCACGAAGUGCACGGCUGAGAUAGAACACCGCGCCCUGGAUGUGCAGGGCAUUUACCGGGUCAGCGGGUCCCGGGUCCGUGUGGAGCGGCUGUGCCAGGCUUUCGAGAAUGGCCGAGCGUUGGUGGAGCUGUCGGGGAACUCACCUCAUGACGUCUCGAGUGUCCUCAAGCGAUUUCUUCAGGAGCUCACCGACCCCGUGAUCCCCUUCCACCUCUACGAUGCCUUCAUCUCUCUGGCUAAGACCUUGCAUGCAGACCCUGGGGACGACCCUGGGACCCCCAGCCCCAGCCCUGAGGUUAUCCGCUCGCUGAAGACCCUCUUGGUACAGCUGCCUGACUCUAACUACAACACCCUGCGGCACCUGGUGGCCCAUCUGUUCAGGGUGGCUGCACGAUUUAUGGAAAACAAGAUGUCUGCCAACAACCUGGGCAUUGUGUUUGGGCCGACACUGCUGCGGCCGCUGGACGGCCCGCGGGCAGCCAGCGCCAUCCCUGUCACCUGCCUGCUGGACUCUGGGCAUCAGGCCCAGCUUGUGGAGUUCCUCAUUGUGCACUACGAGCAGAUCUUUGGGAUGGAUGAGCUCCCCCAGGCCACUGAGCCCCCGCCCCAAGACUCCAGCCCAGCCCCUGGGCCCCUCACAACCAGCUCCCAACCGCCACCCCCGCACCUUGACCCAGACUCCCAGCCCCCAGUCCUAGCCUCAGACCCCGGCCCAGACCCCCAGCACCACAGUACCCUGGAGCAGCAUCCCACGGCCACACCUACUGAGAUUCCAACUCCACAGAGUGACCAGAGAGAGGACGUGGCUGAAGACACCAAAGAUGGGGGAGGGGAAGUGUCCAGCCAAGGCCCAGAGGACUCACUCCUGGGGACACAGUCUCGUGGCCACUUCAGCCGCCAGCCAGUGAAGUAUCCCCGGGGCGGUGUGAGGCCUGUAACCCACCAGCUGUCCAGUCUGGCCCUGGUGGCUUCCAAGCUGUGCGAGGAGACCCCCAUCACAUCAGUGCCCAGAGGGAGUUUGCGGGGGCGGGGGCCCAGCCCUGCAGCUGCCUCCCCUGAGGGCAGCCCCCUGCGCCGCACCCCGCUGCCCAAGCAUUUUGAGAUUACCCAGGAGACAGCCCGGCUACUCUCGAAAUUGGACAGCGAGGCUGUGCCCAGGGCCACCUGCUGCCCAGACGUCCAGCCUGAGGAAGCCGAGGACCAUCUCUGACCACCCUGGCACCUUAAAUAAGGAAGAGGCCCAGAUUGUGAAGACGGACCCAUAUAUCCCUACCUCCCACCACCUAGUGGCCAAACACCCCGCCAGGAGUUCAAUGCUGGGAGAGGUCCAGAGGGUUCCUAUAAGGAAAAACUAUUUAAUACAUGACCUAGGGGAGGCCUAAAACCCUUUUGGGGAUAAUGUCCCAGAGUCCCCCCACUAGACACAGGUCACUGCCAAGCAUCAGGGCCACUCGGACUCAGAGGUCACUCAGGGUCAAUACUCAGGGUCAAUGCAGGUUAUGAGAUCCUUGGGGUCCACCCUAGUCUCUGACACCUGGGACAGGGGUGCUUUUGCUACUUUGGUUGUGGUCACUCCCCCACACCUGCCUGCCUCCUUCACGGACUCGAAGUGACCUUCCUGGAGGAGGUGGGCGGCUCAGACUCCACAUGCUGGUGGUGCCUGAGGUCUGAUGGCCUCUAAUAAACUGUGUCCUAUA